AUGGUAAUAGUACUUUUUGUUCUUCUUUUAUAUAAGGAAUUGCUAGCGUAUUUUCAGACAGCUUUACUUGCUUUUAAAGUGAAAGGACCUAAGCCAUUACCUUUUGUGGGAAAUGCAUUACUAAUUAACGACUCAAAAAAAUUAGAAAAGAUUGGCAGUGACUGUUACGAAGAAUAUGGUCCUGUUUUUCGUGCGUGGAUUUCCUUCAUCCCUACGAUUUUUAUAUAUCAACCAGAUCAUUUGCAAGCCGUACUUGGAAGUAGCAAACAAACGGAUAAGAAUUUUCUGUAUUCAUACAUGCACAAUUUUAUAGGAGAAGGUUUAAUUACAAACAAUGGAUACAAGUGGUUAACUCAUCGUAAAUAUAUUCAGUCGUAUUUUAAUAUUAAUUAUUUAGACCGGUGCGUUAAAACAUUUUCUAAACACUCAAAGAUGUUGAUUAAGAAGUUGGACAAUAGUGAUGGUCUCAUCAAAAUAACGAAUUUCGUAAAUGAUAGUGUACUAAAUGUUCUACACGAAAUAGUGUUUGGUCUACAAGCCGAAGAUGAGGAAUUAAAAACUAAAUCGCCGUUUAGAAAAGGGAAAUUGUUGGUACACGAACGUUUAACAAAACCCUGGAUGCUUUUUGAAUUUCUUUACAGAUUAACUUCUUAUGGUGACAUGGAGAUAACCCAAAAGUCCAAAUUGCAAAACUUUACUAAACAGGUUUUAGAAAAUAAAAAAGCAAAUAGAAAAGUCAAUCGCGAACACAGUCUUUUGGACAUAUUCAUAAAAAUAUCAGAAACCCAUUUUGAUUUUACAGAAGAAGACAUUAUCAACGAAGCUUGCACAUUUAUGCUAGCAGGGCAAGAUUCGGUUUCUUCAGCGAUAUCGUUUACCUUAUACUUUUUGGCAAAAUAUACAGAAUAUCAAGACAGAGCCAGGGAAGAAGUGGACGAAAUAUUGGACAGUUGUGAAAAUAAUCCCAAAGUUUCUGAUUUAAACGAUAUGAAAUAUUUAGGGUGCUGUAUCAAAGAAGCCCUUAGACUAUGUCCUAGUGUUCCGAUAAUUGCUAGAAAACUUUCUGAGAAACUGGUUUUAGAUGAUAUAACCCUGCCAAGUGGUUGUAAUGUAUUUAUUGCUCCGUACAUAACACACAGGUUAAAGCAUUUGUAUCCAAACCCCGAGGAAUAUAAUCCAGAAAGAUUUUUUUCGGAAAAUGGCAAAAGUAGACAUCCUUAUUCAUUUAUUCCUUUCAGCGCUGGUCCUAGAAAUUGCUUAGGAUACAAGUUUGCAAUGCUUGAAAUGAAGACCAUUAUUUCAUAUUUACUUAGAAAUUAUUGCAUACAUUUAGACCAAAGGAGCGAUAAGUUAAAUGUGUUGUACAGGAUAACGCUGCGUGCAAAAGGUGGAAUUUGGAUAAAAUUAGAAAAAAGAUAAUAAGACAUUCAACACCUACGGAAAAUGUAACAUUCAGAAAGUUUUGUUGUUAUUAUUUAUUAUGUUACUAAUUUCGGUCUUAGUUUGUUUUAGUUAUGUUAUUUUUCUUUUGUUAAAUAAAUAAAUAAUUGUUGGUUUUCUGUAAA